AUGACUUCGACACGCUCGCUCAUCGAGGACUAUAUAGCCAACACAGAACCAUACUAUGUUGGCUAUCCAAGAAAUGGAGUCCUCCCUUUCGAACUAUCAGGUGGACUCCUCGAGACCGCUCCUCUUCGCCAACAGUUUCCAAAGUUCCGUUCAGGUCUGGCGAAUAUCGUCGAACUUCAGAACAUCAAUCUGGUCAGGACUGGAAUCUUCGCCCGCGACAUUGUCGUCACCAACGGAACCGUUCCAGCACAAACUCUUGUUAUUAUUGUAUCUGGACCUUUCGCCAAGGAAAACCUCGUCAGCACAGUGAGACAAAUCCAUGCAUAUGUCAAGCCGUACAUGGAAGACCACGCAUUCAAUAUUGAGAUGUACAACCCUGCGAGGGUUCAGGGACACCUGGUCGCCGGACCAUGUCUCUACUCGAUUGAGAGACAGGUUGUUGUCCAGAAGAAUCUCGAGGAUCAUCUCACUCAGGCUGUUCGCAUUCUCAAGAACAACGUCGACGAUGACUUACUCACUGCGGGCUUCUACAACUCAAUAUUCCACAAGGACAAGAGCGUCUUGGGUAUUCGGGUCAAAGCACUCGCAAAACGAGACUGGUCAAAAGUCUACAAUGAGUUGACCAUGGCGCUUCCUUCCAGUGUAUCUAUUAUGAUCCUCCCAACCAAAGACACCGAAGCUGCUGCACAUACUGGGUUCCUGAGCACCUUUCCACGACCUCCACAUGUCGGUUCCAGCAUCGCUGCCGUUGGUGCCGACCAGUCAGGCACUCUUGGAGCGUACUUUCGUCUGGUUAAUCCUAAGGACAAACGAGAGAGAACCGUGUUUCUAACCAACUCGCACGUCAUUGAACCCACAGACAAGGUGUUGGCAGAUCUGAUCGCAAAAAAGGGAUAUCAGCGUGGAGCGGCUCAUGGGACAAUAUCAGUGUCUAUCCAAGCUCCCAGCCAUCAAGAUCUUACCGCCAGUCUUGAGUCAUUCAAAUCCCGUCUAGGCGAGCUGGAAAGUCAACUCGAGCGUGCUCAAUUUAAAGGAGAGUUCGAGCGUACCGUUAAAGACGAGAGUCACCUCGACAAAAACCCAGCCAAGAUUGAGAGCCGUAAAGAGACUAUCAAGGGUCUUGAAGCAACCUUGGCUCGUCCACAAGACGCAAUCAUCGGACAUGUACUCCAGGCUUCCACUCUAGGUCUUAAAGGAAAGAGAGGCAGCAAGAUGGAUUGGGCACUCGUUGAAUACACUCAAGACGAGACCAAGAUCAAGAACGAAAGACCCGACCUCGAUAGGGCCCCGAAAAGCGAUCCACGUCUGGACGAGUACGAAGAGAGGAGCGAGGUUUGGGAGCUGAAGAAGCUAGAGUUCAAUCAAUGGAUCUGUUUCAAAGGUCGCACAUCUGGCGUUCGCACAGGGUACACCAAUGGCUGUCGCACUUUCGUCCGCGCAGCAUCCCGCCUGAACAUCAAGAAGCCCAUAGAUGAGAGCUACGAGCUUGAAGGUCUGGCCGGAGAUAUUCCCGAAGAGGCUGAACUUCGCGCCUUUCCUGACAUAAGCGUUUUUGUCAACAGAUUGGGCCCUCUGACUCAAGGAGGAGAUUCUGGAGCUGUGAUCUGGGAUGUUGAAGGAGAUAUCGUGGGACUGACUUGGGGAAUGGCCGCCAACCAGUUUGGCGCGAUCAUGACGAGCAUUGACGAAGUCGUGGAGGAUAUCAAGGACAAGACAGGAAUGGAUCUUGAGCCCAUUGUGUCAGAAUGA